UGGCGGGUCAAAGAAGCUAUGCCCUUGCCACCUCGCAAUAAUUAUACGACUUAUGGUUGUGACACGUUGUCUGGAGUUCUAGUAGAAGGAACCACAGAAGGGAUAUCAAGAUUGACUGAACGCCAGGAGGUCAACACCUUGAUGCAUCUAACAACUUCUUCUCAAUUUUCUUCUCUUCCAAAAGUGAUCACCCAUUAGAAGAAAGGGCAUUUUGAUUCAUGCUAAUGUCUGCUUUUUGUACUCAUGAAUUGGCCUAGCAACCUUCUCAACUUAAUUAUAUCAUCAGUUCUUUAUAGAGGUUGCAUUUCCGCUGACCUGAUUACACGAGAGAGCUCAAUGAGAGAUGGUGAUCUGUUGAUCUCUGGUGGUGGGAAUUUUGCUCUUGGCUUCUUUGGCCCUGGCAAUCCUAGCCAUAGGUACUUAGGGUUAUGGUACAACACAAUUCCUGAGAAAACGGUCGUGUGGGUUGCCAACCGGGACAACCCCAUCAAAGAUACUUCAGGACGUCUCGGCAUCGACAAUCUGGGCAAUCUCAUACUCUACGACACUAAGAGAAGCAUCUCUGUUUGGGGCAGCAAUCUUUCGAUAUCGUCGGCGGCGAGUGAUUGCUUAGCUCAACUUUUGGAUUCGGGUAAUCUUGUUCUGUUUCAGGAUAGCAAGAAAAGUUCAAUCCUUUGGCAGAGUUUCGACCAUCCGACUGAUACUUUGCUCCCCUCCAUGAAACUUGGGCUCAACCGCACCAGUGGCCUAAAUAGAAUCCUUACGUCUUGGAAGUCUCCCGAUGACCCUGGUAUGGGAACGACUUAUUUCAUGAUCAACCCCCGUGGUUUCCCGCAAUUAACCUUGUACAAAAAUCACGUUCUGUUGAGCCGAGCAAGCCCCUCGAACGGAGUCAGAUUUAUACCUGCUCAUUCCUCAUGGUCUAACUUUAGCUUCAGAAUUGAUGCUGAUGAGGUCGUCCUGGUGUCAAAUACUUCGAACUCAUCUAUCUUGGUGAGGGAAGUGGUUCAAGAGUCCGGGAUCGUGCAACUGUUCAUAUGGGUCGAAAAUAAGAGUGAGUGGAUCAAUUUUUUAACCAGACCAGAUGAUCAAUGUGACUUCUAUGGGCAUUGCGGUGCCAAUGGAAACUGUAAUUCUGAUAGCACGGACCAAAAUGAGUGCAAGUGCCUACCCGGGUUUACCCCCAAGUCCCCGAACAAUUGGAGCAUGAAAGACAGUUCGGGUGGAUGUGUAAGGAAGAAUCCAGAAUUGGUUUGUCGGAACGGUGAAGGGUUUGCAAAAGUAGCCAAUGCAAAAGUGCCAGACGCUUCGGUCGCAUCUUUCUACAUGAAUAUAACUUUGAGGGAGUGCGAAAGUGAAUGCUUGAGGAAUUGUUCAUGCACGGCCUAUGCAGAUGCAGAUUUUACAAGCGGAGGAAGUGGAUGCUUGAUGUGGUACGGAGACCUGAUGGAUACAAGAGUGUUCUCAGGUAGAGGUCGAGACUUAUAUGUGCGCGUGGAUGCACAUGUACUAGCUGAGUUUCAGAAGAAAGGAUUUCUUUCGAGGAGAAAGGUGUUGGCAACCUUGAUAAUGUUAGUUACUGCUGCAGCAAUAAUCUCUCUUGCAGUGUCCAUUGUGCUCGUGAAAAAGAAAAGAAAAGGCUCUGCGGUUGGAAAGGAGCUAGAUGGAACUAUAAAAGAUCAAGUAUUACCCCUCUUUGAUAUCAGCACAAUUAGAGCUGCCACAGACAAUUUUGCCUCAACGAACAAGCUUGGACAAGGAGGAUUCGGUCCAGUCUACAAUGUACUAUACCAUGUCCUAACACUAAAAUCCUUUGAUCUCCCUAUCUGCUUUAGUCUCAGUUGUCCAAGAUGGUUGAGGUAUACCUAUGAGGUCAACAAAUGGGUCUCCUCAAGAAAGCCUGAACUAAAAAACAAGGAAGUAGCUGUGAAGAGAUUAUCGAAGAGUUCAGGACAAGGGAGCCAGGAAUUCAAGAACGAAGUCAUGCUUAUAGCCAAACUCCAACACAGGAAUCUCGUGAGGCUUUUGGGUUGUUGCAUCAGUCGAGACGAGAGGAUGCUAAUCUACGAGUACUUGCCCAACAAAAGUUUGGAUUGCUUCAUUUUCAAUGAAGCAAACAGGACAACCCUCGAUUGGGACCAACGUUUCAAAAUUAUUCUUGGAAUUGCCCGAGGAGUUUUGUAUCUUCACCAAGAUUCAAGACUUAAAAUCAUACAUCGAGAUCUCAAAGCAAGCAAUGUCCUCCUUGAUUCUGCGAUGAAUCCAAAAAUUUCUGAUUUUGGGAUGGCUAAAAUGUUUGGAGAAGACCAGAUCCAAGCAAACACCAACAGGGUGGUUGGAACAUACGGUUACAUGUCUCCAGAAUACGCAAUGCAAGGAUUAUACUCGAUCAAAUCCGAUGUUUUCAGCUUCGGUGUCUUGUUACUGGAAAUAGUCAGUGGCAAGAGGAACACUGAUUUCUACAAUGACAGUGCAUCUCUGAAUCUGAUAGCACAUGUUUGGAACUUAUGGAAAGAAGGAAAAGACUCAGAUAUAGUUGAUCCAUUGAUGGCCCAACCCUACAACUCAGGUCAGGUUUUGAGAAGCAUCCAAAUCGGCCUAUUGUGCCUGCAAGAACACGCGGCAGACCGACCAACCAUGAUGGACAUUGUCUUAAUGUUGGGUAACAAGGCAGUUCUUGCCUCUCCUACUAAGCCUGCAUUCGUUUGUAACCGAAGCGGCAACAUUCUCGACCUUCCACAGAUUGCAGGAGCUUCUGAGAAUGAGGUAACCAUAACUGACCUUGAGGGUCGAUGAUUGGACUCAAUGUGACCAUGGUUUCAUCAUCUUAUGCUUCAAAUAACAUAAAGCACUCCAAUGUAGCAAAAAAAGAAAUUUACUAUAGGUGAGCUCCUCAGAUGCUAAGAAGAUACCAGGUCAGCAUUGUGACUUCUGCAAAAAUAGAGUUCAACUAUCUAAAAAGCAGAACUCUAGGCAACAACUACUUGUAUGAGUAGAAUAGACAUUAGUGAUUGGAGAUACAGAUAAUGAAAGUUUCAAAUGAGUGUCAUAAUUUGUUCGGAAUUAGUGCUUGUUUGAACAAUUAAUCAUACUAGUACUCGCUCACUUGAUCCCAAUGACGAUUCUACCAUUCCGUGCCCGAAAAGUCGGACU